AUGAUUUGUUUACAUCAAAAUGAUAAUGCAGGUGUUAUCAUUCUCUUACGUAUGGCAAAGCUCAAUACCAGUAUUGUUGAUAUGGAUUUGAAUGUUGAGUCUUCCAUUAGUACUACACAACUUAACACCGAUACAUUUGUGGCCAAGGCAGAGGAUUACUACCUCCGUUCUCCAAUCAAGAACAUUGAUGAUAUUCCAGAUUACAAUGAGGUAUUGAAGAAUUGA